UCCGACGUCAAAUUGGUGUAUAAGGUGACCAGUAACCGUUCGUCGUGUUCAGCACAUGUGUUUAGUGACGUUGCUGGAAUUGAAGGAAAAUUAAGAUUGCGAUAAAAUCGCAAAAUUUGAUCACGCGAAUCGCGUUGAUUGUAGAUAUGAAGUUGUCGGUCAUCAUGGAAUAGAUUAGCAGAAUUUGCAACAGUAUACGUAGUCGUAAAUUCAAAACAGAAUAUGAAGUCGUAGGAGGUAGUAAAUCUUUAUAUUAGUGUCCUUUAACUACACGACGUUUCUUCUGUGUACGUUUCUGGUCACCGUUUAGCAUUCUUGGAGCCGAAGUGAUUGAGUGUUGGUUACGCCCGCGAUUGAAGACCUUCGUCGAUCUCAUCAUGGUGAUCCAUAUCUGACACCUGAUAAGAUCUCAGAUUGAUCUUGAUCGAUCGAGCGAGAUGUACGUUCUAGGUGUGCCUCUCUAGGUGUGCCGGAACGUGGAUGAUUUGCAUUGAGCAUAAUCUAAUUUCGAUUCAUUAUCGAAUUCAAGGUGCAGCGCCCAGUCUCAAUCCAUCAAGAUGAUCAAUGAUGAGUGUGUGUGUAGGUGAUGUCGGGUUUCGAGAUGAUGCCGAGUGCCAACACAGUCUCAAGUCCCGUUGAAGCCUGUUUAUAACCCUUUCGAUCGUUAGUCGCACAGAUGCUCCAGUGAGGAGCAUAAAGACAAUGAAGAAGAGGUCUCACGAUUGAAGCUAGAACGAGUCCCCGAUGCUCGGGUCCAUGUGUCUGUAUGUGUGCUUUUAAAAUGUUUACCUAUCGCGGUGCUGUUUUGUCACCCGCUCUCGGGGUGUCUGGGUGUCUCUUUCGCUUUAGUCACCAACGGCCAACUCGUCUUAUCUCGAUUACGACGCAGGGCAAGUAGGCUAUAAAGGCCGUUGAUGGUGUGCGAUCCGGACCACACAAUUGGUCAUCGUGUGUCGUUCCUCUGAAGAUAGUUGCGCAUCUGAUCUGUCGCCGGAAACAACGAUGUCCUCGCGGUGGUGCUGGUGGCUGGUGUUUGCGGCGUGUCCAAUGUUUGUGUUGCUCUCGGAAACGGCUGGAUUAGUAAAAGUAUCUGACGAGCCGCCGCUCUUCCCGGUGACUAUCAUUCACGUGAACGACUUCCAUGCUCGGUACGAGCAGACGAACGAGCGAUCGACGCGCUGCAAACCCGACGAAGGCGAACGGUGUAUCGGUGGGUACGCCCGGAUUGUGUCGCGUGUAAAAUCCCUCCGGCAGGAGUACGCCGAUCGGAAUCCGAUCUACCUGAACGCGGGCGACAACUACCAGGGAACGCUCUGGUACACGUUGCUGCGCUGGAAUGUGACCGCGCACUUCCUCAAUCUGCUACCGGCCGACGUGAUGACGCUGGGCAACCACGAGUUUGAGCAUGGAAUUGCCGGAUUGGUUCCGUUUCUGGAUGUGAUCCGGAGCCCGAUCGUGGUGGCGAACAUUGACGAUCGCGAGGAACCGGCAUUGCAGGGCAAGUACCAGAAAUCGAUUGUGCUCGAGCGUGGUGGUCGUCGGAUCGGAAUCGUCGGUGUUAUCCAUCAUCUGACGCACACGAUGGGUAUGACGGAGAAGGUACGAUUCCUGGAUGAGGUGGAGCAGCUGCGGACAGAAAUUGAGCAUCUGAGAAAGACGGGCGUCGAUCUGAUUAUCGUACUGUCUCACUGUGGCCUGGAGAUUGAUCGUAAAAUUGCUCGUGAGUUGCCGGAGGUGGACGUGAUCGUCGGUGGUCACUCACAUACGUUCCUGUACAACGGUACAACGGAGACGUUCCCAGAUCGGGCCGAGGAUACCUAUCCGGUUGUGGUAGAGCAUGAAGCAGCAGGAGAACGUCACCGUCGCACACUGAUCGUACAGGCCGCUUCGUAUGCGAAGUACGUUGGCCGCAUCACCGUGUACUUCGAUACGAACGGUGACAUCGUCGAAUGGGACGGUAAUCCCGAGUUUCUAGACGAAUCCGUACCACAGGAUGAGGAGGUGCGCCGUGAACUGGUACCGUGGCGGGAGCAGGUUGAUGUGCAGGCCAACCGUCAAAUCGGUUACUCGGCUGUCGCACUCUCGCGGGAUGAGUGUGCCUGGAGUGAGUGUAAUUUUGGUAACUUUAUGACCGACGGUUACAUCGCGCAUUACGCGACGGAGAGUGCGAAACAUCCGACGGUGGGUGCGUGGAGCGAGGUGGCCAUUGCCAUUAACACGGGCGGUGGCAUGCGAACAUCGCUCAGUGCCGGUAAUCUAACCUUCGACGACCUGGUGACCGCGGUUCCGUUCGAGGACACGGUCGAUAGUUUCGAUCUGCUUGGGCGUCACUUGUUGGAGGUGUUCGAGCACAGUGCGAGCCGGUACGGUAAGACGGAUAUGAUGCAGGUUUCCGGAUUGAAGGUGGUGUACGACAUACGGCGCCCGGAGGGUACGAGGGUUUUGUCGAUUGAUGUCCGUUGUAAGCACUGCGCGGUGCCGAGAUACGAACCGCUCGAGAUGGAUCGUGUGUACCGCGUGGCUACCGGGACGUACAUCCGGAAUGGAGGUAGCGGGUAUACGAUGAUUCCGGAGCAUGCGACCAAUCUACGCGUCGGACCGGUUGAUGUUAGCGUCUUGGAGGAAUACGUGAGGAAGAUGAGUCCCGUCACUUGCGGUACGGAAGGUCGCAUCGUCGUUAUCACGUAAACAAAAUCGAACGCGAAAUCACGGAAACAAAAUUGGACGAAAAUUAAUCUAAAUCACAUGUUUAUUAAUUCGUUUAGACAUAUGUAAAAG